AUGGAUGUUACUCGCCGGUGUAUCAAUUGCUCUAUGAGAUUGGCGCACCAGCGCUGGCGCAUGGUUGAAGAUGCAACAGAGCCUAUGGUGAAUAUUCUUCGUGCCUGGGUAUCACCAACGCCGGUUUCUUCUGAUAAUAGAAUAUGCUUGGAGUGCUUUGGAAUGCUACAACAAGAACCCGAUGGUGUACGAGCCCAAUCACCCAUGUCUGGACAUAGAAAUGUGUGCUUUGCUUGUGGUAUAUCUAUUCUGCGGGCCCGCACUCAUCUUGUACAUCCAGACUGCCCAGAAAGGAAUGUUAUAAUUAGUUGGACAUUUCCUCAUUUGGUUUCUCAUCUGAAUAGAGUUUGCACUGCAUGGUGGCUUGCUGCUAGGAGAAAUGUUCAAAAACAAAUGCGGCAAGAUGCCAAUAGACCUAUUGAAGCCUUCAAUGAAGAAACUGAUAACAGAGAACCACCACAUAUACCUGUGCCGCCUCUACUUCCACAUAUUUCGGUCCCACAACGCCAAGAAACUGCUAGAAUAAUAUCACAAACUUAUUCACGUGUUGCAGCAACCUCAAGACAUUGUAUAUUUUCAGGAUGUGAAAAUGUUGAACGUUUAUUGGUACCAACUGGAGUGAAGGAAAUGUUAUUAUGUCGCUAUAGAUUAUACAUUCCAUCUUCUGCUCGUGUAUGCAGAUACCAUUUAGAAAAUGAUUGUUGGGAGCAGUUACAAUCUAAUAUUAGGGAUUUUACUGCAUCAGAGAUGGAUCACAUGCUGAAUAUGAUGGAG